GGUUAUCUUAAAUUGUUUUUUUAUAAUAUUUUUGUACGUCUGUGUUUCUUUUUUAAUUACACUUUUUAUUCCACUUUUGGAUCCUUAAGGAUAUUUUAUUUUUAUUAUUAAUGGCUCCUAAAAUCCCUGAUAGGUGGAUACCUUACAAAGCUUUGGGUAAAGUUAUUGAAGGCACAAGAAUUAUUUGCUUCAAAGUACCUUUGAGACGGAUUGUACAAGCACACAACACUAAUAUCAAAGAGAUAUGGGACAUCAAAACCCUCCUAUUCGAAAUUCCAAAAUUGAGAGCCGUUAUAGAUUUGACGAAUACAAAUCGCUACUAUGAUCCAAAGGAAUUGAAGUCUGCGGGUGUUCUGCAUAAGAAAAUAUUAAUGCCAGGUCGCAUAAUUCCGCCCGAGGACAAAGUGACCGAAUUCAUGGACACGGUUGACGAGUUUCUGGAAAAGGAUGACGUAUCGUUAGUCGGAGUCCAUUGCACGCAUGGUUUGAAUCGCACAGGCUAUAUGGUGUGCAGAUACCUUCGGGAUCGACUUCGGGUCCCGGCUACUCUUGCUAUUGAAAAAUUCGAAAAGGCACGUGGUUAUAAAAUAGAAAGAGAGAAUUACAUCGCAGAUCUUCUUGGCAAAACACCGCCCCCACCCGAUAUAGGGCCAAAAACUGACAUUAAACCAUUGGUUAAUGAAAAACCAUGGAGACCAUACAGGGAUCAUACAAUUGAAGAGAUUAAACCUAAGAGGGAUAAAAGAAAACGUUACAUUUCCGGUGAAAGAGUUAAUGAGAGGCAAAUCAGAGAUAGAUCGAAAGAAGAUAGAAGAAAAAUUACAUAUAGAUCACCUCUUACAUAUGAACAAGAAGCGGAUGGUCACAUCAUGCGGUACGGGAAACGGAGACCCGAUGGAAGCAAAAACAGAUAUAAGAGAAGAAAAAGCAGUACUGAUGAUUUUGAUUUCAGAUAUGACUAUUAGUGCUCUUAAUUCGAUAAUGGCGUAAUAAAGACGAGAAGAGAAACUUUGUCUGAAAUAUACUUACUUAUAUAAAUGUUGGGCAGAAUAUUCAAGCGACAUUUCGUACGUACGCGACGGACAGUAAAAAAAGACGUUCUCAAAACUUAAAUUAAAGUGUUCCAAUACAAUAUAUUAACGAAGACAACACAAGCAUUUUGAUUUAGUCAAAAUGUUUUAUCUAAGGCAGUGUUUUCCAACCCGUAUGUGCCUUAUCCUGUCUAAGAUUCUUAUGCCCCAAACACAUAAUUUUUAAUAUAUAAAAGUUGAAUUUUGUCACUUACGAAAGUUAAAUGAUAGUUUUUGAAUUUUCGACCUCUUUGGGUCGUUACGUAAGAGUACGUUUGUAGUACUGUCUAAUGUGGGCUGACAUACUGUUGAUUAGGAGAUACGUUAGCCGCCGAUUUUAUUUCUUUCGACAUGCUAGUUAGUUAAAUACCUAAUAGACCACAUUCUAAUCUAAUCUUGUAGAAUUAUAUACAUUUAUGUUACGAGUUUUUCAUUGUUGUGUCAAAUUAAAUUCGUAAUUCGUUCUCGUCGAAAGACCAAAAAGCGACUUCGACUAAUCUGCCCUUUCCUUAAAUAUCAGUACUUGUAAUAAUAAUUUAAAUGUAAAAUAAAACGUCAAAUCUGUGCUGCUCUAUGUGUGUGAAACGUGGAAGGUCACCAAACACAUCUCGCACCGACUCCAAGU